GCCUUGACAAUUUCAGGGGGUUUUAGGUUUGCAGAGCAAGGAGUUCUAUAAAAUGGCCAAGACAUCUACUGAAGAACUGAGAAAGGUUUUCACCAAGUAUGCUUCAAAAGGGGGUGAUCCUAAUCAACUAUCCCAAUGUGAACUGAAAGAAUUAAUUGAAAAGGAAUUUCCAAAUGUACCAAAGGCUUCUACUAUUGAUGCCGUAUUCAAAGAGAUGGACAAAAAUAAUGAUGGAGAAGUCAGUUUUGAAGAAUUUGAGGCUGUGAUGGCCAAACUAAUGGGGUGAAGCCAAUAGUACGCCCUACAAGAAUAUGAAAGAGCACUGCAAUUUCUAGAAAGAAAGCAAAACAAAAUCAUAAAGGACGAAACCCUAAAGUAACAGACUGGUUUCUUUCUGAGGCAUGAGAACAAAAUUAUGACAAUAAAAACAU